AUGGAUAGAGAGCAAGAAGAGAUGCAAUUUCUAGGCCUUUUCGACAUCUAUAUCGAAUCCUACAAGGUGAUCUACAGAUGUAGGAAGAUUUUCAGCCAGAUCGCCUUAUCUCUCGUUCUCCCUCUAGCCAUCAUCUUCUUAGCUCAAAAGGAAGUCUCCCAACUCAUCUUCUCAAACCUCCGCCACACCGAGUCCCAGCUCGAGAAUUCCCAGCCAGGCUCCCCACGCUACCAGCGCCUCUCCGACCACCUCACCUCCGACUUCGCCGCCCUCCUGCUCUUCAAGUUCGCUUACUUCACCUGCCUCCUCGUCUUCUCCCUCCUCUCCACCUCCGCCGUCGUCUACACAGUCGCCUGCGUCUACACCGCCCGCGACCUCUCCUUCAAAAAGGUCAUCAGCGUCGUCCCCAAGGUCUGGAAGCGGUUGAUGGUCACUUUCCUCUCCACUUUCCUCGUUUUCUUUGUUUACAACUUCCUUGCCGCCUCAGCCUUCGUGAUAUGGAUUUUCCUCGCCCUGAGCUUCCGCGUCUUCGCAGAUAUCCCCCUGUGGGUCGGCGUCGCCGUGUACACCGUCGGAUUCCUCUACAUGUCCAUCAUCUGGCAACUGGCUAAUACCGUCAGCGUUCUAGAAGAUUCCUACGGGUUUAAAGCCAUGUCCAAGAGCAAACAGCUUCUGAGAGGAAAGAUGGUUUUAGGCGUAGUGUUCUUCCUCAAGCUUCACUUUGCUCUCUUCCUCGUAAACCUAAUCUUCAAGAGGUUCGUCGUGAACGGGUGGGACUUCCAUUUGGGGAUGGUGGGUCGGGUCGGGGUCGGGUUGCUGUGCCUCCUGGUACUAUUCAAGUUGGUUGUGUUUGGGUUGGUUACGCAAACUGUGAUUUACUUUGUUUGCAAGUCAUACCAGCAUGAGAACAUUGACAAGUCAGCGUUGUCGGAUCAUCUUGAGGUUUAUUUGGGAGAGUAUGUUCCUCUCAAGUCCAAGGAUGUUCAGCUGGAGCAAUAUCAAGUUUAA